AUGUUCACCCUCUAUGUCAAAUUGGCUCGGCAGGGUUCUGCUCUAGAGUUGGAAGUGGCUCCAACAGACAACGUGGCAUACCUCAAGGCCCAGAUCGCAGUACACGAGGGAACGCCGCCCGAGAGCCAGCGGCUGGUCGUCGCCGGUGCCACAAUGCAGGACGAACGAUCACUGACUAGCUACGGGCUGCAUCACGGCGAUUCAGUGCUGCUUGUUCCAUGUCUGCGAGACCAGGUUCGGCAAAGACCAGCAUGCUUCGCUCCGCGGGGCCUACUGGCUCUUCCGGGCAGCAAGGCCUGGUCCCCCUCUUCGCGAGCUCCAUUCCUGCCCGUCCUUUUCGCCGAUGUCUCGCGCAACUUCCCGAUCAGCCUAGAGUUCACCACCGUCGCAGACUGUGAGGCUUUCGCAGAAGCGGCCAGGUACGCGCCACCCUGGCUGGAGAUAUUGCCAGGCGGUCCUGGUCGGCCACCGGCAGAGGCCAAGUGCAGAUUGGACCCUGAUCAUGGGACCGUGAUUUUAGAGGCAACGAGCGGCAGAGUGUUUGGACCAAGCACGAGCUACAAGGCUGUUGCUCAUUUUGGUGGCCGAGGAGGGCAGGUGGAGGUUUCCGUGGUGACUGGUGCUGCAGUGUCUGCAUGCUGA